CGAGUAAAGAGAACAGACCUGCUUCUGACAGCGGCGAACUGCUCAUGAAACGACGGGACUCCGACGCCGAGGGCAGUCAGAGUAGGAGAGGAAGGUGGAAGAGAUGGAUCCGUGUCCCUUCGUGCGGCUUAUCAUCGAAUCCCUCGUGCUGAAACUGCCGGCCAUAUCGAAGCCGGCAGGGCCGGGCGUGCACCCCUCGACCACCCCCUGCUUCUGCUCUCUGCACCUCCAGGACUGCGCCUCCUCGCCCCACACCACCCCGCUCCCCGUCGCCGCCGAUCCCAACUCGACGACCAACCUGAUGGAGGCGCCCGUCCCCGCCGGCCCUCCCGCCUCGGUGGUCAUCAGCCUCGACCCGCCCACGCUGCAGCGGCUCUCGGGCAAGCGGGCGAGCCUGGUGGUGUCGGUCUACAUGGGCCGGACGGGGAGCACGUGCGGGUUCAGCUCGGGGCGGCUUCUGGGGCGGGUGCGGGUGGCGAUGGACCUGGAGGUGGCGCCGACGAGGCCCACGGUGGCGCAGAACGGGUGGGUGAGCGUGGGCGCUGGGCGGUCGGCGGCAAGGCUUCACCUGGUGGUCCGGUCCGAGCCCGACCCCCGCUUCGUGUUCCAUUUCGGCGGCGAGCCGGAGUGCAGCCCGGUGGUGUAUCAGAUCCAGGGGAACUGCGGCGGCAACCGCAGCAGGUGUAUUCGGCAGCCGGUCUUCAGUUGCCGCUUCACCGUCGACCGCCGGCGGAACUCCAGAUCCAUGUCCUCAUCGCUGGCAUCUGAUGGCUCCCGCAGCAAUAGCAUCAGAAGCUGGUUUAGUUCCUUGGGGGGAGAAAGGGACCACCAAAGAAGGGAGCAGCGCAAAGGCUGGACCGUGACGAUACAUGACCUGUCGGGCUCUCCGGUGGCUGCCGCGUCCAUGGUGACGCCCUUCGUCCCGUCCCCCGGCUCCGACCGCGUCUCGAGGUCCAACCCCGGAGCGUGGCUCAUCCUCCGGCCCAUCGGCGGCUCAACCUCCGCCGCCACCAACUGGAAGCCAUGGGGCCGCCUCGAGGCAUGGCGAGAACGAGGGCCCGUCGAUGCCCUGGGCUACCGGUUCGAGCUCGUGCCGGACACCGGACACAUCGGCGGCGUGCCCAUCGCCGAGUCCUCCCUCAGCGUCCGCAAAGGUGGCCAGUUCUGCAUCGAUCCCAGCGUGAUCGGGGACAUGGUGGCCGGCCAAUGGCCGUUCGACGGAGGGUUCGUGAUGGGAUCCACGGUCGAAGGGGAGGGGAAGGCAAGCAAGCCGUCGGUGCAGGUGGGCGUGCAGCACGUCUCAUGCAUGGCCGACGUGGCCCUGUUCAUAGCGCUAUCUGCCGCUAUUGAUCUCAGCAUGGAUGCCUGUCAGCUGUUCUCACAGAAGCUAAGGAAGGAGCUGUGCCAGGACCAGCAAGAUUACAGCCUUUGAGGACUUCAUCGGAGUUGACUCUCGUCCUGUGAAGUGAUGACCAGAGACUUGUUUUGAUCACAGGGGGAGCAGCGUUGGCUUCUGCUUUACCCGUAAUUCUUUCAUUUGUUUAUGGAUGAUACGUUCUUCUAUGCUUCUUUUGGUGUUUGUGAUGUUAAACGAGUGAAGUACAUAAUGCUCUGCAGCAGUCAUUCUUGCUCUUCAGUUUUGUCUAUAAUUAGAGACUAUGCUCAUGUUUUGAGCAUGUUUUAUGUUUUAUGUUGCAUCAGUGCUUUCUAUGAAUUAUUUUCAGAUUA